CAUGAAUUAUGGUGUAUAUAUAUUGUAGAUAGCCACCUGGCCUGUGUAAAAUCACUCCCUCUACCACGCAAUUUACAGAGGUUUUUUCCCUUCUGGUUUUCCUCCACAGCCGCCAUGGAAACCAAGGCUGUUCUAGACCUCUUUGAUUCUUGCUGGUUUCAGGUUAACAUUUUGAAGGAAAAUUCCAACCCUGACACAUCAAUUAGAAGUGGUAAAGAAAAUCUAGAAUAUCAGAAAAAAGAAGAAAAAGAAGAAGAAGAAGAAUUAGAACCAAAGCUUCCCUUGAUCCGAACCAGCCACACCAGAUCCAUGAGUGACCAAUCCAUGACAAGCACAAGAUUCAACCAUGAUUCUCUUUCUCCAGACUCUGUACUUCUUCCCCCGCCAAAGCUCCAAACCAUUCUCUCAGGAAAAGAAGUCACUGACUCAGAACGUGAGAGUCCAACACAGGUUAGGCUCCGUGAGGUGUUGUGUCCUGAGAACAGAAAAAGUUGCAAAAUUUCAGGCAAUGGAACUGGGAAGAGGAGGGAGAGCAAGAGUUUGUCAGACCUUGAAUUUGAGGAGCUAAAAGGGUUCAUGGAUCUGGGUUUUGUUUUCUUAGAGGAGGAUAAAAACACAAGCUUGGCUUCAAUUAUUCCUGGGCUGCAAAGGCUAGGGAAGAAGGAAGAAGAAGGAGAUUGUGAUGAGUUAAAUGUCCCAAGGCCUUACCUUUCUGAAGCAUGGGAGGUUCAGGAAUAUGGUAGGAGAAAAAAAGAGAACCCCUUGGUGAAUUGGAAAAUACCUGCUUUGAACAACGAAACUGACAUGAAAGAUAGUCUCCGAUGGUGGGCACACACAGUUGCUUCCACUGUCAGAUGAUGAUGCUGCUGUUCAUAAUCCAAGUUUUAUUGUUCACAUCUUUCUAUUCAAUAUUCUUAUUCUUUUGUCCAUUUUUGUAAGUAUUAUUCACUUUUUAUUUUUAUUUUCUGGAAUUUGGCAUUCCAUAGAUUUAUGGAUACCUGUAAAUUUAUACGAAAAGAGAGAAAUUUUAUGCAGCAUUUCAA